CCAGGAUGUGAUUAGCAUUAUCAGGUUAGUCUUGAUUCCCCACUACAGACUGGGAACACAGAAAGUCGAAAGGAGCUCAGAAAAGGAUGAGGGAAACAGGAAAACUUUUUCUUCUCUUUCCCUGCAGCAGUUGCAGGUUAAACAGCUGCAUGGAUGCCUUUGAAGGUAUUUUCUCAAGAUGCAGAUGUGAGUUUUCGACGUAACAUCCCCAGAGAAGACGCAGAGCAGGAGGAAGAAGAGGAGGAAAUGGCAGCUUCUCAGGGGCUGCUGACAUUCCAGGAUGUGACCAUAGAUUUCACUCAAGAGGAGUGGGAAUGCCUGGACCCCGGUCAGCGGGAAUUGUACCGGGACGUGAUGUUAGAGAACUACGGGAAUCUGGCCUGCUUGGGUCUUGUGGUCUCUAAGCCGGACCUGGUCACGUUUCUGGAGGAAAUGAAGGAUCCCUGGGAUGUAAGGAGAAUGGAGACAGCCAUACACCCAGCUGUGUCUUCUCACGACACCCAGGGUUUGAGGACCCAAAAACCAGGCUUAGAAGAUUUACUCCUAACUGCAAAGCUAGGAAUAUAUGAAAGAUUUCACCUUGGAAAUUUACAUUUAACCAAAGACUGGGAAUCUAUGAGGGCAUGUAAAGAGCGGAGAGCAUGUUAUGAUGGACACAACCAAGUUGGUACAGUUUCCCAUAAAGUAAACAUUACCGCCAAAAGAAAUCAAGGAUGUGAAUCAAAUAAGGAAAAACCAAUUUCAGAUGACCAACUUCAGUCAUCAACAUCUGCAGAUGAGUGUAUAUUUGUCAGCAAAGAUCCACGUCACCUCUUGAAACAUACAUGUCCUCUGAAGGGAAAUAUGGAAAAUCUGGAAAGUCAUCUAGUCUCUACUGCAAAUACUCAUUCCAACCUAUACUCUGAGCAUAGCUGUCUAUUAAAUAUAGAUUCAAACAUGUCUGGAGACCAGAAACUUAAAAAUGAGGGGGGAAAUUCUCAAUACAAUCAAUUUGAGGGAUCCUUUAACAAGGGUUUCUUGUUUUUCAACCAACAACUAUUGUCUCCUUGUUCCAAAGUGUGGAAUGUUGAUUAUAAUGGAAGACACCUUAUUCAACCGUCAUUAUUCAAUACAUAUGGAGGUAUAAUUAGUGUGGAACAACUUUACAAGUGUAACAAAAUGAGGAAUGCCUUAAGCAGGAGCUCUACCCCCAAUAAUUACAAGAGUAUACAUGAUGGAAUGAGAAGCUCUUCAUGCAAUGAAACUGGCCAUAAUGUUGACCAAGACUCAUAUCUCCUGAAACAACAGGGACAUCAAUUUUCAGACAACAAUUCUGAACAUAAUAAGUGUAGGAAUAUAUUUCAUCAAAACUCAAAUCUUACUAUUAAUACUUAUAAGAGUAUGGAUAUUGGAGAGAAGACUUAUGAUUGUUAUGAUUAUAGUAAAGUUUUUAACCAGUCUUCAAAACUUAUUCAACAGCAGAAUAUUCAGACUGAGCAGAAACAUUGCAAGUGUAAUACCUGUGGAAAAGUCUGUAGUAACUCACCAAAUCGAAGCAGACAUACGAAAAUUCAUUCAAGAAGGAAAGAUUUGAGAUGUACAGCAUGUGGCAAAGCCUUUAAUCAGAGUUCAUAUUUAACUGAACAUCAGCGAAUCCUUACUGGGGAGAAACCAUACAAAUGUACAGAAUGUGGCAAAGCCUUUAUCCAUUAUUCACUACUUACUCAACAUCAACGAGUCCAUACUGGGGAGAGACCUUAUAAAUGUACAGCAUGUGGCAAGGCUUUUAAGCAGAGUUCAACUUUGACUCAACAUCAACGAAUCCAUACUGGGGAGAGACCGUAUAAAUGUACAACAUGUGGCAAGGCUUUUAAGGAGAUUUCAACUUUAACUCAACAUCAGCGAAUCCAUACUGGGGAGAGACCUUAUAAAUGUAAAGCAUGUGGCAAGGGUUUUAAGCAGCGUUCAGGUUUAACUGAACAUUACCAAAUCCAUACUGGGGACAGACCUUAUAAAUGUACAGAAUGUGGCAAAGCCUUUAUCAGUUGUUCACUUCUUAUGCGACAUCAACGAAUCCAUACUGGGGAGAGACCUUAUAAAUGUACUGAAUGUGGCAAAGCCUUUAUGAAUUAUUCACAUCUUACUCGACAUGAACGAAUCCAUACUGGGAAGAGACCUUAUAAAUGUACAGCAUGUGGCAAGGCUUUUAAGGAGAUUUCAACUUUAACUCAACAUCAGCGAAUCCAUACUGGGGAGAGACCUUAUAAAUGUACAGCAUGUGGCAAGACUUUUAAGCAGCGUUCAGGUUUAACUGAACAUCACCAAAUCCAUAGUGGGGAGAGACCAUAUAAAUGUACAGCAUGUGGCAAAGCCUUUAUCAAUUGUUCACUUCUUACGCGACAUCAACGAAUCCAUACUGGGGAGAGACCUUAUAAAUGUACAGAAUGUGGCAAAGCCUUUAUGUAUUAUUCACAUCUUAAUCGACAUGAACGAAUCCAUACUGGGAAGAGACCUUAUAAAUGUACAGCAUGUGGCAACGCUUUUAAGGAGAUUUCAACCUUAACUCAACAUCAGCGAAUCCAUACUGGGGAGAGACCUUAUAAAUGUAAAGCAUGUGGCAAGGCUUUUAAGCAGCGUUCAGCUUUAACUGAACAUCACCGAAUCCAUACUGGGGAGUGACCUUAUAAAUGUACAGCAUGUGGCAAAGCCUUUAUCAAUUGUUCACUUCUUACGCGACAUCAGAGAAUCCAUACUGGGGAGAGACCUUAUAAAUGUACAGCAUGUGGCAAGGCUUUUAAGCAGAGUUCCAAUUUAAGUCAACAUCAGCGAAUCCAUAUCGGGGAAAGACCUUAUAAAUGUACAGACUCUGGCAAAUCCUUUUCCCAGAGUUCAGGUCUUUCUGGACAUCAGAGAGAUCAUACUGCAGAGAAAUGUUAGAAAUGUAAGGAAUGUGGCAAAGCAUUUCAUCACAGUCAUCACCUCACUCACAAUCAAAGAAUACAUAGUGCAGAGAAACCCUAGAAAUGAAUCAAGAAGACUUAUAAUUGUUAUGAUUAUGGUAAAGUUUUUAACCAGUCUUCAAAACUUAUUCAACAGCAGAAUAUUCAGAGUAAGCAGAAACACUGCAAGUGUAAUACAUGUGGAAAAGUCUUUAGUAACUCACCAAAUCUAAGUAGACAUAGGAAAAUUCAUACAGGAAGGAAAGAUUUCAAAUGUUCAACAUGUGGCCAAACCUUUAAUCAGAGUUCAUAUUUAACUGAACAUCUGCGAAUCCAUACUGGGCAGAAACCAUACGAAUGUACAGAAUGUGGCAAAGGCUUUAACUGCUGUUCAUGUGUUACUCAACAUCAGCAAAUUCAUACCAGGGAGAGAACUUAUAAAUGUACAGCAUGUGGGAAGGCUUUUAAGAAGAGUUCAACUUUAACUCAACAUCAGCGAAUCCAUACUGGGGAGAGACCUUAUAAAUGUACAGCAUGUGGCAAGGCGUUUAACCAGAUUUCAAGUUUAACUCAACAUCAGCGAACCCAUACUGGGGAGAGACCUUAUAAAUGUACAGCAUGUGGCAAGGCUUUUAAGCAAAGUUCAGCUUUAACUCCACAUCUGCGAAUCCAUACUGGGGAGAGACCAUAUAAAUGUACAGCAUGUGGCAAAGCCUUUAUCAAUUAUUCACUUCUUACUCAACAUCAACGAAUCCAUACUGGGGAGACACCUUAUAAAUGUGCAGAAUGUGGCAAAGCCUUUAUCAAUUAUUCACUUCUUACUCGACAUCAACAAAUUCAUACUGGGGAGACACCUUAUAAAUGUGCAGCAUGUGGCAAGGCUUUUAACCAGAGUUCAACUUUAACUCAACAUCAACGAAUCCAUACUGGGGAGAGACCUCAUAAAUGUACAGCAUGUGGCAAAGCCUUUAUCCGUUAUUCUUUUCUCACUCGACAUCAACGAAUCCAUAGUGGGGAGAGACCUUAUAAAUGUACAGCAUGUGGCAAGGCUUUUAAGCAGAGUUCAAAUUUAACUCAACAUCAGCGAAUCCAUACCGGGGAAAGACCUUAUAAAUGUACAGAAUGUGGCAAAGCCUUUAACCAUUAUUCAUUUCUUACUCAACAUCAACGAAUCCAUACUGGGGAGAGACCUUAUAAAUGUACGGACUGUGGCAAAGCCUUUUCCCAGAGUUCAGGUCUUUCUCGACAUCAGAGAGUUCAUGCUGCAGAGAAAUGUUAGAAAUGUAAGGAAUGUGGCAAAGGAUUUCCUCACAGCCAUCACCUCACUCAAUCAGAGAAUUCAUACUGCCGAGAAAGCCUAGAAAUGAAUCGGUGAUUAAAAAAAAAAAAAAGUUUGUCCUCAAUAUACAGUUUUGAAAAAAUGAGUGUUUUCUUUGGAAAGAUACAUGAAUGAAAUAGAAAAAUGUAGAAAACUGCUUAAUCAAACAUCAAAUGUAACUCAAUACCAGAGAAUUCAUCCUAGAAAGCAUGUCAUUAGUACCACUUUUGUUGAAUUACUCUCAGCAGAAACACUGUAGCAAGUAUUCCAUAAGUAAAACACAUACAAAAUUGAUAUGUUAGUAUGGAUCACAAGAUGAAGGGGUGGAUAUUUGCAGAGGUAUAAUUAUUAUUAAUGUAUCCCUGUUUAUGUUAACGUUAUUUGAGAUUAUUAAGGAACCAAAACGAAUGUAAUUCAAUUCUGAAAUUACUACAUUUUGUGAUUUGUUUCUAUUGUAUAUAUGAACUUACGUUGUUGAUGGUUGUUGCCAAAUGGUAAGAGAAGCCCUUCUAUAUUAAGUGGGAAUCAUUUACAUUUAUUCUCCAAUUUAUAAGAUUAAGAACAUAGUCAUGUUAUAUACACACUAAAGCUCUGAAUGGAGGUAUUUCUCACUGAUGUCAAACACCUCAGUGGUCACCAUGAUGUAACUGUUCAGGAAAGAAUUCAAAGUAAGACAGAAGUUUGCUCUAAGUUUUCAAUAAUUAUGUCAGUUGCUUUUUAAUCAUAAAACAAAGAUAGUUCAUGAAAAUCUAAGGUAUUUUGAUAACAGCAAUAUAGAGAAAUCAUGCAUAUUAUCUGGCAGGCUUGAAGUAGGGACACCUUCUCUUCUAUCUGAUGUAAGUACAGAAAACUCUUUCUGGAAAAGUCAUAUUAAUAUAAUUAAUGUCCAUCCAUGUUUACUAAAUUAGCCUCCAUUUUGUAAAUCAUAUACAUUACAUUCUCAGAUCCUUUCAUCAGAGAAACAGGAAAGUUUUUAGAAGCUUGUAAUAUGUAUUUUAAUCAAGGAUCAAAAAACAAUUGUAAAAGGUUUUAUUCCAUCUGUGUAAAAUUAAUGUAUGUUAAUUAAUAAAAGUGAAUGGUUUUUCAGUGUUA